AUUUCAAAUUGUACUAUAGCCGGAAGUGAAGGGGCCAUACUGAUGGGUGACCCCGAGAGAGGUACCGGGCCAGAGGCGAGUCCUGCGGAGUGGUAGCGCGUGCGGCCUGCGGUGUGACACCCAGCCCCUGCUAGUCUCCCAUGGCCCCGUGGAGCCGAGAGGCGGUGCUGAGUCUCUAUCGGGCUCUGUUGCGCCAGGGCCGACAGCUUCGCUACACUGAUCGAGACUUCUACUUUGCCUCCAUCCGCCGUGAAUUCCGAAAACAGCAGAAGCUAGAGGACCCUGAGGCCCGGGAGAGGCAGCUGGAGAAGGGCCUGGUCUUUCUUCACGGCAAAUUGGGAAGGAUAAUUUAGGAUCCUCCAAAGGAAAGAGGACAAAGCUGCCUUCUGUAGACACUCCUGGUCUCUCCCAUCCCCACCUCACAGAUGCAUUAAGAAGCUUCAGAUGAGCAAUGGCAGGCGCUAGUGAGCGCAAAGGCAAGAAGGAUGACAAUGGCAUUGGCACGGCCAUUGACUUUGUGCUCUCCAAUGCCCAGCUGGUGCUGGGGGUGGGUGGAGCGGCCAUGCUGGGCAUCGCCACGCUGGCAGUUAAGCGGAUGUAUGAUCGGGCGAUCAGUGCCCCUACCAGCCCCACCCGCCUGAGCCAUUCAGGGAAAAGGAGCUGGGAGGAACCAAACUGGAUGGGCUCCCCCCGACUGCUGAACAGGGACAUGAAGACAGGCCUGAGCUGGUCCCUACAGACCCUUUCCACAGACUCUUCAGCCUUUGAACAGGAGAAACUUCUUACUUACUACCGGAACCGGGCAGCCAUCCCUGCUGGAGAGCAGGCUCGGGCCAAGCAAGCUGCUGUGGACAUAUGUGCGGAGCUCCGGAGCUUCCUGCGGGCCAAGUUGCCUGACAUGCCGCUUCGGGACAUGUACUUGAGUGGCAGCCUCUAUGAUGACCUGCAGGUGGUGACAGCUGACCACAUCCAACUAAUUGUGCCCCUUGUGCUAGAGCAGAACCUGUGGUCAUGUAUUCCCAGUGAAGACAUCAUCAUGAAUGUCCCUGGCUUUUUCCUGGUUCGUUGUGAGAAUCCAGAGUACUUUCCUCGUGGGAGCAGUUACUGGGACCGCUGUGUAGUAGGGGGUUACCUCUCCCCAAAGACAGUUGCAGAUACAUUUGAGAAGGUAGUGGCUGGCUCCAUCAAUUGGCCAGCCAUAGGGUCCCUCUUGGACUAUGUGAUCCGACCGGCUCCGCCCCCAGAAGCCCUGACACUGGAGGUGCAGUACGAGCAUGACAAACAUCUCGUCAUUGACUUCCUGCCAUCAGUGACCCUUGGUGACACAGUCUUGGUGGCCAAACCACACCGGCUAGCCCAGUAUGACAACCUGUGGCGGCUGAGCCUGCGUCCUGCUGAGACGGCACGCCUGCGGGCUUUGGACCAGGCCGACUCGGGCUGCCGAUCCCUGUGCCUCAAGAUCCUCAAGGCCAUAUGCAAGUCCACCCCGGCUCUGGGCCACCUCACUGCCAGCCAGCUCACCAACAUCAUCCUCCACUUGGCCCAGGAGGAGGCUGACUGGUCUCCGGAUAUGCUGGCUGACCGUUUCCUGCAGGCCCUGAGGGGACUUAUCAGCUAUCUAGAGGCGGGAGUCCUGCCCAGUGCCCUAAACCCCAAGGUGAACUUAUUUGCAGAACUCACCCCUGAAGAAAUAGACGAACUAGGAUAUACUCUCUAUUGCUCAUUGUCUGAGCCAGAGGUGCUGCUGCAGACGUAGGGCAGGUGAAGGUCAAAGCAGGUGUCGGUGGUCAGGCCCUGGAUUCUCCAUUAGAUACACUUGGCUACGUAGUUGGUGCCUCACAGGGUCCCUGGUGCCUCCUGUCUUGCUGAUCAUCACCCUGGUCACUUCAUGCCCAUUAGAAUGACAUCUCUUCUGUCUCUUGUUUUCUUACCCAACUCCUUCUAUUUUCGUUACCAAUCACUAUGCUCCCUACUCCUCCCUGGCUCCAGGCUAAUUUUUCUGAAAUGAAUUGAGAAGGUGGAGUGCUGGCCUGAGCUGAUGGACCACUUGGUGUUUUGCGUGUUGGCCCAUGUUUGCUGCCUCUGUCUGGCCUGCCUUGCCUGUUUGCCUCUUCCCGCUACGUGUCUUUUCUAUCUUUUCCUCUCUCGUUCACGCCUUCUGUUUUGCUCUUGUCCCUGGAGCAUAUCUGCCUAAUUAAGAUGUUGCCUUUUAGUUGAAUGUCACUGAAGAGCUGCGAUUGCAUGUUUCAAAGCUGAACUCUGCAGAGUGAGCGCUGAGACAGUAUUUAGGGUUUCUGGGAGUGAGGCUGGUAGAAAAGCUGGCCUUUGACCCCAGUUCCUGGAAAAGAAGUCCAUCCUCUCACCAUUUCCUGACCCAUUCAUAAAUGCCGAGAGCGUCUCUCAUGGGAACACUGUUAAUGACCCACACAGGAUAAACUGGAUGCAAAGUUAUUUGCAGAUUGAAUUUCUUGGUGGCUGUCAGCAAAAGUGCAGAGUAGGGAAGCAGAGCUGGUUAAGGGCCUCAUGGAGCGUUUGUGUGCCCCGUGUGUGCUCCUCAUCUGUGGCUGCAGGAGUCGGACAGACAAGGAUGGGGCUGCCAGGGCAGCACCUCUUCAUGAAUGCUGGUUUUCACCCCUUCUCCUUUUAUUGCCAGUUAGGACAAGGCCUUGAAGGAACACAGCCUUAGCCAUCAGUUGAGGAUGAGGGAGGCUGACAGGAGGCUGAAUGUCAGCUGGAAAAUCCAGUCACUAGUCAGCAUUUGGUGGCCAUGUUUUCUCCCCAGACAGACCCUGCUUUUCUAGGAUGUGGCCUUAGAGCAGGAACAGGCCCAGCACUGGCCCCUCAUCCUCCAGUAUCUGUGACUGGAACGUGACAGGGGUGUUUGCUGAGCUCUCCAGGCAUGGCCAGAGGGCAGGUGAGCAUGCGCAGACCUCUUUCCCUUGUCCUAUUUCUCACCCAGCACCUGGGGAGAUCGGUGCUACCAAGGAAGAGAGCACACAGAUGAGACAUAGGGGAGGGAGGUGAGCACUUCCUCCAUUCCUCCUUGUUUCCCGCUGCUAAGAUGCAGUCUUUCUUGCAAGGUAAAUGGAUCCAGCAGGUGGGGGGAAUGUUUAAUACACCAUGUCCCUUUGUUAUGUGUUUUUCCCUGUUUGUGGCAAGACUGAUGCUGUGUCUCAUCUGCCCAUUUAGUAUUUGUUUUCCUCCUGUCAAGUUGUUUUUUUCCUAUUACUACCUCUCCAUCAGUGAGGUUCUGGUGAAGCUCUCUGCAGCUGUCUCAUUCCUUCUCAAUGAUAGGAAUAGGAAAUGACUCUUUAGCAUUGAUACCUCAGCACCCCUCUGAAUUUAGGGUAGAGAUUCCUGCCCCUCUUGUCACAGAUUAGGAAGUUGAGAACUAGGGUUAACCUUGACUAUAUUUAGAGGUCUUCUUGCCUCUUUUCCCCUUAACAAGGAUUACUUAAUGGUGGUUCAAUUUCGUUUGCAUAAAGGUAUUGAGAGGAAACAAAAAUGAUAAAGCUGAGAACCUUGAGAGAGCUCUACCCUGUCUGUUGGUCAGACUCAAAGGGCAGUU